GUCGGAGGGGAACAGUUCAGUAGUCCGUGGACGGUGUCCGUCGUUAGGACUCUCGUUGAUCUAUUGAGAUCUCGCCGGUAUCUUCCGAGGUUUUUUUCCAUGCAUAAAGAUUCCCGUAUGUGAGCACGCAGCACUAACGCAAUAAUUACUUAGGUAUCUAAACAAGUAAUUCACAAUGGGGACUGUUGUACUGAUACUCAUUGGUUUGCUGUACGCAUUAAUACCGUCGACGUAUUCUCAAGGUGUAUGCCAAAAUCCACAGGGACAACUCGGUACAUGCAUCAAUAUCAGAUCGUGUGCGUUUUUACUCGAUCUCCUGAAAUCGAACUCCCAAAAUCCACAAGUAGGCAAUUUCCUACGUGCUUCUGUUUGCGGUUAUGAAAAUCAAGGUAGAGAUCCUUGGGUUUGCUGUCCAUAUAACGGAAGGCGUACGGAUAACGGCUUAGAAGGCGAUCGAGAUCAUAAAGAAAUCACGAAUACUGCAUAUGGUCCUUUGUAUCCCCCUAACUGUGGAUACAGUAAUGCUACACUACGCAGAAUCGUCGGUGGCGAGCCAGCUCCGUUGGGUGCUUGGCCUUGGAUCACCGCUCUCGGAUAUACAAACUCAAAAAAUCCUAAUGUUCCCAAAUGGCUUUGCGGCGGCGUCUUGAUUUCCAGUCGACACGUUCUUACCGCCGCACAUUGCGUUUACGAACGAGCGGAUUUAUACAAAGUGCGCAUCGGUGAUUUGGAUCUCAAAGACGAUUAUGACGGGGCAAACCCGUUUGAGGACUUCAUCGAAAGGAAGACAGUGCACCCCGAGUACAACCCCAAAGCCUACACGAACGAUGUGGCGGUUCUGAAAACGUCCCAGGAAGUACCCUUUACGAUAAAUCUUCAUCCCAUUUGUCUUCCGGCGGAUGAUUUUAACAGAAAUAGAAAUUUAGAGAAUCUCUAUCCUUUCGUCGCUGGAUGGGGAUCUGUUUAUUUCCAUGGUCCAUCAAGUAGUAGACUUUUGCAAACACAAAUUCCUGUACGUACACACGAAGAAUGUAAAACUGCCUUCCGGAAUUUUCCAAAAACUGUCAUUGAUGACCGCGUUUUAUGCGCUGGAUUUGCUCGAGGUGGAAAAGACGCUUGUCAGGGUGAUAGUGGUGGACCACUAAUGGCUGUUGAUCCUAAAAAUCAACAAUCAUUUUACGUUAUUGGAGUAGUAUCAUAUGGCUAUAAGUGCGCUGAGCCAGGUUUCCCAGGCGUUUAUUCAAAAGUUACAGCAUUCCUAGAUUUCAUCACGAGUCAAUUGGUAUAAGACAGAAAUUAUAUAUUAAAUUAUAUUAUAUAGAAAAAAAUUGAAGUUUUUUAUGUUACUUUUAUAUAAAUUCUAAAAACAUUGUGCGCGCUUCUUAAAACUGUAUUACACAAUCCUGCCUUUUGUAUUAUAAACAGAAUCAUCUAUUUUAAA